GGGCUGGCUCUUCUACCUCUCGAUUCCUGUGUUAUUUGUGCAACUCUGCUUCUCUUGCUCUCACCUCCGCGUUUCGAAAAUCGACAUGCGCCCGUUGUCUCCAGCACCGCCCACAUUUCAGGCAAUGUCGCGUCGUGAGCGCAAGCGGAGAGGUCGUUGGGAAACGUACAACUCCGAAUUCAAUUCGGAAGAAGGUUUCUCCAACAGCUCUGUUGAUAAGCAAGUGGAGAAGGAGGCAGCAGCACCCGUCCCAAAGGCUGCUUCCCAUAAUUUGAAUGGUGAGAAUGUUGCGGUGAUAACGGAUGAAUUCGGUGGCAAGGACUACCGUUCAGAAAUGCCGCUGAAGCCUGACCACGCCUCAAGGCCGCUAUGGGUCGCUCCAGAUGGGCAUAUUUUUCUAGAAUCGUUCAGUCCAGUUUAUAAGCAUGCACGAGAUUUUUUGAUCGCGAUAUCAGAGCCAGUAUGUCGACCGGAGCACAUUCAUGAAUACCAACUUACGGCAUACUCUUUGUAUGCAGCUGUUUCAGUAGGAUUGCAGACAAAUGAUAUCAUAGAGUAUCUCGAGAGGCUCAGCAAAAGUGCGCUACCACGAGGAAUAAUAGAGUUUAUCAAGAUGUGCACGCUGAGCUACGGAAAGGUGAAGCUUGUCUUGAAACACAACCGUUACUUUGUUGAGUCUCGUCAUUCCGACGUUAUCCAAAAGCUUCUGAAGGAUAAAGUUAUCCAGUCGUGUAUUUUGGAGGAAGAAAAACCGGUUGAGGAAACACAGACGCAGAUAGAAAAAAUCAACUUUCCACAAGAACAAACUAAGGAGGAAGAGAAGAAACCUGAUGCAGAAAAUGUUCCUGAAGAUAUCGGAGAAUUGUACGGAAAAAUGGAUGGAGAUGACGAAGAAGAUGCAGAGAUCCGAAGUUUGCAAUUGCUUACCUUCGAGAUCAAACAGGAGACCAUUGAGACCGUGCAAAAGCGCUGUAUCGAAUUGGAGUACCCACUUCUGGCAGAAUACGAUUUCCGAAAUGACACUAUGAAUCCUAACCUUGGUAUUGACUUGAAACCCUCGACGACGCUCCGUCCAUAUCAGGAGAAAAGCCUCAGAAAAAUGUUUGGAAACAGCCGAGCCAGAUCUGGGGUCAUUGUUUUGCCAUGCGGUGCAGGAAAGACGCUAGUUGGGGUAACUGCGGUCACAACUGUUAACAAGAGAUGUCUCUGUUUGGCCAACUCUAAUGUGUCUGUGGAGCAGUGGAGAGCUCAGUUCAAGUUAUGGUCAACUAUCACCGAUAAGCAAAUAGUACGGUUCACUCGUGAAGCGAAGGAUACAGUACCACAUGGGGCAGAUGCUAGCAAGCCUGUUGUUUGCAUAAGCACUUACUCAAUGGUGGCUUAUGCUGGCAAACGCACUUAUGCAGCCGAAGAGGCAAUGAAGUUUAUCGAGAGCCAGGAAUGGGGCCUGCUGUUAUUGGAUGAAGUGCACACGAUCCCGGCCAAGAUGUUCCGACGAGUGCUCACUAUCGUACAAGCACAUUGUAAGCUAGGGCUCACUGCUACUCUUGUGCGGGAGGAUGACAAGAUUACUGAUCUCAACUUCUUAAUCGGCCCGAAGAUCUAUGAGGCCAAUUGGAUGGAACUGCAAAAGGCUGGCCAUAUUGCAAAGGUGCAAUGUGCUGAAGUUUGGUGCCCCAUGACUUCCGAGUUUUACGCAUAUUAUUUGAGGGCUCAGAUUGCUCGACGAUUAUUGCUUGCUGUCAUGAAUCCUAACAAAUUCCGAAUUUGUCAGUUUCUUAUUAAAUUCCACGAGCGGAGGAAUGACAAGAUCAUCGUCUUCUCUGACAAUGUCUUUGCCCUGAAAAAGUACGCGAUCGAGAUGAACAAGCCAUUCCUUUACGGCGAGACAAGUCAAAAUGAACGUAUGAAAAUCUUGCAAAACUUCCAGUACAAUCCGCGUGUGAAUACAAUUUUUGUAUCCAAGGUUGCUGAUACGUCAUUUGACUUGCCAGAAGCUAACGUUCUCAUACAAGUGUCUGCACACGGUGGAUCUAGACGACAAGAAGCCCAACGGUUAGGUCGUAUCCUUCGUGCCAAGAAGCAUUCCACAGAUCAAUUCAACGCGUUUUUCUACUCGCUUGUCUCCCAAGAUACUGUAGAAAUGGGUUACUCAAGAAAAAGGCAGAGGUUUUUGGUGAAUCAAGGUUAUGCUUACAAGGUAGUCAAUCGUCUGCCUGGUAUGGAAAAAGAAGACCUCAAAUUCGGAAAUAAAGAAUCCCAGCUGCAGUUAUUACAGCAAGUGUUGGCUGCAUCAGAUGCUGAUGCUGAGGAAGAAGAUGUCAAGGAGGAAAUGGCUGACGGAACGAUUAGGGUCAGUCGAAGAGAGGCAACUAUGGCAUCUGUUUCGGGCGGUUCUAGCGUUUCCUAUGCCAACAAAUCAAAGCAAUCUCUCGCCGAUCGUCAUCCACUCUUCAAGAGGUUCCGCGAGAAAUAGAAAGCAUAUCACCCACAACCCGGCGUAUUGUGCACCUGCAUGAGAUAAAUAUCUGUAUAGAAAUGUACAAUGUUUGAAUAUUACAUUAAUAAAGAGAAGCUGUUG